AUGGGCGAACGAGCUGCAAUUGUCCCCCGACUGAUGAAGAAUCAUCGCAUUACAAUCAACCAGCUGGUCGUAUUCUUCAACUCUGGCGGCCUGUUUGUCCUCAUCUACUACCUCCCCAUUUACUUCCAGUCCGUCCGCAACGAUACACCUAUCCAGUCUGGCGUUUAUAAUCUUCCCUUCCACAUUGGCGGUAUAUUCUCCAUGGCCUCGGGCUUUGUCCUAGGUUCUACUAACCAAUGGGUUCCCUAUCUCAUUGGUAGUGCUGCACUAAGUGCGGUGGGCAGCGGCCUCAUCUACACCUUUACUCCGGACACUCUGACUGCUACAUGGGCCGGAUACCAGAUUCUCGCAGGUGCCGCUACUGGAUUCCUGUCCCAGCUCCCCAUCAUGUCCAACACGGCCUGCGUUGAUAUGACUGAGAUGAGCACCAUGUCGGCCAUGACCCUCUUCUUCCAGAUCAUCGGGUGCUCCUUUUCUGUCUCGGCAGCACAGUCUAUCUUUGGUAACACCCUCCCCAAGCGGCUAGCUGAGACUGCUCCAGAAAUUGAUAGAACAACGAUUCUCUCCGUAGGAGCUUCGCAGCUUCGGAAUACAUUCUCAGAGCAGCAGCUCCCCGUUGUCAUUUUGGCGUACAUGGACGCUCUCAAGGGCACAUUCGCGCUGGCCACCGCGAUGUUCGCAAUAAGUGCAUUGUUGGCCGUUAUGCACAAGUGGGAGGCAUUAAGAACCGAAGUUCCAGUAGACAUUGCAGCUCCUGAAAAGCACAUUGCCGUUGCGUCGGCUUCCAUAAGAUCCGCUGACGCUGUCUGA